AUGAACCUCUUGGCCCAGGUGAGCAGCUCCCGACAGGCGGUGGCUGGGGCAGUGACCACGGCAGGGUUCUUCCUCUGYGAGGGGCUGCUGGGACAACACUUCGACGUGGUUCCCAACGGGGUGGUGGAGCCCCAGCCCGGGGACCUCUUCCUUUUCCCGCUGGCCUCUGGAGGUCUUGGCUGGUGGGCCGCCCAUGCUGGCAUCUACUGUGGUGACGGGGAGAUCAUCCACCUGGAAGGGAUCGUGGCCAAGCACGGCAAGAGCCACCUCGUGCGRACACGGGGCUCGGCCAGGGUGCUGCGCAGGAAGGGAGGGCUGGACGUGGCCGCUCUGCAGCGGCGUGUGCGGGCGGCCAUGGACCGGCCCGUGGAGUACAACACCGUCACCUGCAACUGCAUCCACUUCGCCCUCGCCCUGCUGGGGCUGGGCCACCUCGCCGGGGCCAUGGUAUGGCCACCACCAGAGCAGGUGCCACCACCCUGGGAUGCCUUGGCACCCGCUCCAGCCGAGUGUCACCAAACCUCUUCUUUUUCUAGGUGUCCCCAGCGCUGCAGUGAUGGAGGWGACGGUGGUCCUGGGGAACGUGUGGGGCUGGAGGAUCCUUCCCUGGGCACYAGGAUUGAACCAGGGAUUUAUCAACCCUCCUGCUUGGCAAUAAACAGCUGCAUGGAAACCCUGCGCCAGCCCUAUUUGAUUUGUUGUUUUCUCACUUGUCCCAGAAGCUGCUGUCAAGUGAUGUCCCACCUUGACACUCCUUGA